GGAGCAGUUAGUCCAGUCCAAGCUCACACAUGUACCGACACUGGCCAGUAUCUCCGCAUAUUUUAUGUGUAUAACGGUCUUCAUUGUGUAUAGUCUCUGCCCUGGAAUAUGUACCUAUAGUUUGCGAGACAAUCUUCCUUCAAGCCCCUCCCUGAGAUCGAAGGAACAUUGAACUGCUACCGAAGCAUCGUGUGAACGUCCGCCCGUCCCAUCGACAAUAGCGCUGCAACAAUGGCUUCCAAUAUCCUCGCUGUCCCUUUUCGCCGCACCCAUUCCGUCUCACUCUCCGAUGCGAUCAAAGAAUACAUCUCCUCCAAAUAUGAUCAGCACCCCGAUAUGUUCAAGCAGGAUCUCGAGACGAUCGAUUAUCUUCGAACGGCGGCGGUACAGGCGAUUGAUCCCCAUAUCACCGGGAUCAAGAAACUGCAGUCAUACGCUGCUCAGCUCAUUUGGUUGGGCGGGAAGUUUCCAAUAGACAUCGGCGUGGACUUUUCAUGGUAUCCCGCCCUGGGUUACAAUCUCCAACGGCCUGUUUCGCAGAAUAAUGUCAGGUUCGAACUGGCGAACGUCCUUUUUAAUCUCGCCGCCAUGUAUUCGCAGUUGGCUGUAUCGCUCAAUCGAACCACGUCCGACGGACUCAAGACCGCAUGCAACUACUUCUGCCUCUCAGCAGGAGUCCUCUCCUACCUUCGCACUGACAUCAUCCCCGACAUGCGAGCCUCACCCCCUGACGACAUGGACACCUCGACGUUGGAGUGCGUGGAACAAUUGAUGCUUGCCCAAGCUCAGGAAUGCUUUUGGCAGAAGGCCGUCAAGGAUGGGCUCAAAGACGCGUCCAUUGCGAAGUUGGCUGCGAAGGUGUCGGACUUGUAUUCCGAUGCUGUAGAGUGUGGCGUCAAGUCUGACACUAUAAGCAGCGAAUGGAUCCAUCAUAUGAAUGCGAAGCAUCAUCAUUUUGCUGCUGCUGCUCAAUAUCGCGCUGCGUGCGACUGCUUGGAAAAGCGCAAGUACGGUGAAGAAGUCGCAAGACUCAUCGAUGCUGUCAGUUGCGUCAACGAGGCUCUGAAAGAAGCCCGUUACGUAAAUAAGACAGUGCUGGGGGACCUGAAUGGCAUAAAAAACCGGGUACAAGAGGACCUGAAGAGGGCCGAGAAAGAUAACAACAUGAUAUAUCUACUGCCGGUGCCUCCAAAGAGCGAGCUUAAAACCCUUGACCGGGCGACCAUGGUGUCCUCAAAGGUGCCAAAGGAGAUAUUCGAAGCCACAUCUAUGCUGGGAGAGAACAGCGACCUUGGUCAUCCCUUGUUCAGCAAGCUUGUCCCUUACUCGGUUCAUGUUGCUGCGAGUAUAUAUGCAGACCGAAGGGACCGGUUGGUGAACCACGACAUCGUGGACCAAUUAGAAGAUAUGACAAAUGCGAUUCAUCGCGAGCUGAGUUCCUUAAACCUACCGGGCUCCCUCCAGGCGUUGGAAAAACCGCUUGGUCUGCCUUCAACUCUGCUCUCGCAUGCCGAAGAGAUUCGGCAGCAAGACGGCGUGGUUCGACUACGGAGAUCCAUUGCUGAGACCGAGAAGCUAAGACAUGGUGACCGGGCAGUAUUCCAAGAAGGCGUGGAUCUGCUCCGUGGCGAGAUCGAGGAAGAUGAGAGGGCUCGGCAAAAGCAUGGCACAGUUCGAUGGACACGACCAACGUCAGAACUUGCCGUCCCUAAGCUUUACGGGCAAAUACAAGAGAUCGAUGGAUACUUCUCGGCGGCAAAUAGUAGCGAUACCCUCAUCACGUCGAAGUUGAAGGAGAACGAACGUUUACUGAAUCUGCUGAGCGGAACUGAUUAUGACUUGGAGAAAUUCGUACCGAGCAGUCGAAGGGUCGUCAUGACACCGGCAGUCGAGCGAGAGUCCAGCAAUCUUCGUGCAUGCUUAAACGAUUUGACCCGCUUGGAAAGCAGAAGGAGACGAAAGAUCGAAGGGCUCCGUUCAAAGGCCAAACAGGACGAUAUAAACACCGACCUCCUCCGUGAAACUGCACGUUUGGAGCGUGAAUACCCGAUGCAGAAGAUCGAAGCCGUCCAAUUCGAAGGCCUCUUCGAGAAACGACUUCGCUUAUACGAUUCUGACAAAGCCGCAGUCGAGACUGAACGCGAGGAGCAGGAUGGCCUCCUGAAGAACCUACAUGCGACGAACCAAGCCUUUGUCAAUGCGAGACGAGGGGAAAACUCGACCAAGACGCGAGAAGAUGCAUUGCAAAGCCUUGAGAAUGCGUUUUACAAAUACAAGGAGAUCAUAUCGAACCUCCAUGCGGCCCGAAAAUUCUAUAACGAUCUCGCCAAGAUUGUAACUAGGUUUCGAGACGACUGCAAAAACUUUGCAUAUCAAAGACGAAUGGAAGCGUCAGAAGUGGAAGGCGAUCUGGCCAAUGCCAUGUCCGGCAUAAACCUACAACAAGCUGCCAAUUUGCAAAACGAACGGCUAGCCGAGGCGCAGGCUCCUUCGUACCGCCAGCGACCACCGACCGAGAAUCAGAUUCCAGCACCACAGCCCACCCGGACGACCCUGAUCCCGACGCCAGGCGUCUGGACGCCUGAGAUGCCGAUACGAUUCGGGCAAAAUAGCAGUACGUCAGGAAAUACGAAGGAUGGAAGAUGGGAUCCUGCUCAGGGGGUGAAGUUUUCAUAGGGCGUCGAAGAUUGAAGGACAAAUCUAACUGGACGCAUGUACGAGGGGCGAUGGUUGAGCGAAAGCCGGUCCGAACUCCGAGAGCAAGCCUCUUGAAUCAAUUGAAUUCUCCUCGGCAAGAUAUCAAUUCCUGAGUGCCUUCAUUCUUGAGACACUCGACGACCUCGUCGCAAUAUUUAGAUCUUGGAAUAACAGAUUCGGUAAGGUGGAAAGGACCAAUGUACAGUUCCUGCCCUUCAUCUCUAUGCAUAUCCACAUCACCUCUCACUGACCGAUCCUCUGCUUGAACUAUUGGGUCCACAUGUUCGACUGCAUUAUUGAGGGAACCGGCGCAUU